AUGAGUUUACUGGGUAAAGUACUUGUCAGACGACUGGAUGACGGCAUCAUUGUUAGGGGUAGAAUUGUUGAAACAGAAAGCUAUCUGGGCCAUGAAGAUGCUGCUUCCCAAUCAUUUAAAGGAAAAGUCACGCCUCGAAAUGAACCUAUGUUCAUGAAACCAGGAACAGCUUAUGUUUAUAUGACAUAUGGAAUGUACCAUUGCUUUAAUAUUUCAAGCAAAGGAGAUGGUGCUGCAGUUUUGUUGAGGUCAAUAGAGCCUUUGGAUAAUUUGGACACUAUGAUAUCUCUACGAAAACAAUUUAGGAAAUGCACAAAAACAGUGAUGAUGAAUAAAGAUUUGUGCAAUGGCCCUGCAAAGUUAUGUAUCAGCUUUGGGAUUGAUAUAAAAUCUUGUAAUAAACAAGAUCUGACUUCAUGGGAUGGAAUGUGGGUAGAAGAAGAUGAAAAAAGUAAAUUAAUCGACACAAUUGUUUGCUCACCGAGAAUAGGUAUUAAAUGUGAAAAAAAAUGGCAAGAUAAAUUCCUAAGGUAUUAUAUUCGUGAUAAUCCUUGUGUUAGUAAGAUAGAAAAAACUAAAAUGAAUGAAUUGAAAUAUUCACAAAUUGCAAAUAUUAAAUAA